CUCCAAUCACAUCCCAGAGAAGUCGCAGCAGCCUUUGCCGGCUGCCAAGUGGCGAGCGUGAGAGACACAGCAUAGGUGACACGAUUCCUAGUACAAAGUCAAAAGCUACAAAGUCUUUGGGACUUUCCUUGGUUUUCUUUCUCUAUCUACAUUCAGAUCAAUAGAAACAUGCUGAUCACUCUGUUUCUCUCCCUCCUGGUGUCGUCUGUCGCUGCCACAGAGAAAGAAAGUGCCCUCCCCAGACUGACUGACACAAAAUCUGUCGAGGCCUUCAUCGACUCUGCCGAAGUGGUGGUCAUCGGUUUCCUGGAGGGAGAAGAGGGUCACGGCUAUCAGGAACUUGUUGAAGCUGCAAAGCGAGUCGACUCCGUGCCUGUCGCCAUCUGCACUGAGAAAGAGGUGUGGGCGGACUACAGCCUCUCCUCAGGCACCAUCACACUUUUCAGAAAGGCAGAUAACCACCAGGAGAAUCUUAGCCUUGACGAGGCCAAGAAGGUAGAAACUGAUGGUCUUUUGAACUUCAUCACCAUCAACGAGGUCCGAUACAUCACAGAAUACAACCAAGUGACUGCGGUGGGUCUGUUCAACUCGGAGGUGAAGGCGCACCUCCUGCUCUUUGCCAACAGGGGGAGUAAAGAAUACACUGAGCUGAAGGAGCGACUGGGAGCUCUCGCCCCCCAGUUCACAGGCAAGCUUUUGUUUGUGCUGAUAAAUGGAGCAGUGAAGUCCAACUCCCGGUCGCUGGGCUACUUCGGCCUUAAGUCUAAGGACCUCCCUCGAGUUGGUUUGUAUGACAGUGACUCCGACAUGAAAUGGCUCCUGCCUGAGGGAGAAAUCUCUACAGAGCGAGUUCAGGAGUUCUGCCAGUCCUUCCUACAAGGGGAACUGAAGGAGGUGCCGCAGGCAGGAGUAGAACCCAAAACUGAGCUAUAGGACAAAUGCAAAAUGAAUGAAAAUGUAUUAAAUCUAAAUGGAAAAAG